AGGCCAAACUCUUCUCCACCCGAAAACCCUACUCAGAGCCACAGCUUCUUAUAGCCCUCAGAAAUGGCGAAGUCAAAAAAUCACACAGCUCACAACCAAUCUUACAAGGCUCACAAGAAUGGCAUCAAGAAACCCAAGAGGCACCGCCACACUUCCACCAAAGGGAUGGAUCCAAAGUUCUUAAGGAACCAGAGGUAUGCGAGGAAGCACAACAAGAAGAGCGGAGAGUCUGCCACUGAAGAAGAGUGAAAUUUUAAUGGCAAAUGAUCUAGCUUUGUCUUGUGUUUUCUAAUUUCGGCUUUUGCUAUGGAAUUGGGUUUUUUUUCUUUAAUUAUAUCAGUUUUAGUUGUAUUCUUAUUCUGGUAUUACUGCUUCUCUUUGUUA